AUGGUCGCACCUGUAAGUGACUGCUCUGAUACCUGCCAAGCAGCAGAUCAAUUGUUUGUAUCAGUGCCGGAUCUGGUAGAUCGCCCUUGGCGCUGGCUCUCCCAUUCUCCGCACAAUCCAACAACACCGUCCGCUGUGCUCGUCGCAUCUCCGCCCGGGCACUAUGCUCCGCGUCCGGCUUACCAUCAUCCGUUACUAUCGUCAAAUACAUUCCUACUCUGUCCAAAGUGUGCCCAGCUUGUCCAAGCCGCUGACACUUUAGUGCGGCAUUUUCAGAGGUUGCACCAUAUUGUUCUUGGCAACCAUCGCGGGUUCAUCCGAACCCUCAACUCCCCAGAUUUUGACCUGUCAUCGACCCCCACAUGUACAUCCGAUCUUGCCAUGAUGACUGCCUUUUUGCCAUAUAUCCGUCCGCCUUUUGACCAUGCAAUCUAA